UCCCGUUAAUUCCUCAAGAAUAUGGUGCCCCUAUUCCCUGUUUUAUAAAUUGCCGAGUUUUACAAUUCGCACCCCCCACAACGCGUUAGUGUUAAGCUUCGUCCCUUUUGCGCUUCGAAAAUUCGCUCUUGAAAGAGGGGCCAAUAGUGGUAAGCACAAAUGGGGCUGACAUUUACCAAGCUCUUCAGCCGGCUUUUUGCCAAAAAAGAGAUGCGUAUUCUGAUGGUGGGUCUUGAUGCUGCUGGUAAGACAACCAUAUUGUACAAGCUAAAGCUUGGUGAGAUCGUCACUACUAUCCCAACUAUUGGGUUCAAUGUGGAAACCGUGGAAUACAAAAACAUCAGUUUCACUGUGUGGGAUGUUGGGGGUCAGGACAAGAUCCGUCCCUUGUGGAGGCACUACUUCCAAAACACACAGGGUCUCAUUUUUGUCGUAGACAGCAAUGACAGAGACCGAGUUGUUGAGGCAAGGGAUGAAUUGCACAGGAUGUUGAAUGAGGAUGAGCUGCGAGAUGCAGUUUUGCUCGUAUUUGCCAACAAACAGGAUCUUCCUAAUGCAAUGAAUGCUGCUGAGAUCACUGAUAAGCUUGCUCUCCACUCCCUACGUCAGCGUCACUGGUACAUCCAGAGCACUUGUGCAACCUCUGGGGAGGGGCUUUACGAGGGUUUGGAUUGGCUCUCCAACAACAUUGCUAACAAGGCAUAAAUCUAUUGGGGGAGACAAUUGUGAAUUGGCAAUUCUGGAUGCAGGGGUGGAUAUUAUCUAGUGUUUUUACUUUCUUACUUUUUUUUUAUUUUAAAUCUUGUUUCUCUCUUUUUGAGAGUCAGAAUUUUGUCAUGUGCAAUUUUUUGGACGAUCCUUUACUUAGGGCCUGUUGGUAAUAUUGUAAUAGAGGAUGGAUUGUUAUGUGUUUUUGCGCAUAUAUUUUUGGUGUUUGAAUGCAAAGUUGCUAGCUUAAUCAACACCUUUGGUGCGUCAAUCCUUAUUGAUUUUACUUGUUAA